CAAAGAAUACCGUACGUGUAACUUUCCCAAAAACACAGACCAUAACUGACUUCCGACAUAAAAUCAAAUUUUCGCUAGCCAUCACACUAUUCUGAAACGUAAAACAAAUUAAACAUGCGAUUCUCAUUCCGAAUAUCAGUUUUGUUUUUGCUUCAAAAGCAAUCCCUAGCAUUCAUCACUCCGCCUUGCCAGCAUCAGUCGCCUGCCUCGUCGUUGUUUGUGUCUGCCUCAACAACGGACGAAAUCGACCUGUCGUCGAACUAUGGAGCCGACAUGAACCAAGAUGACAUGAUGGAAUCGGACCUGCUCGUGAUCGUUGAUCAGAACGAUAACGUCGUCGAACUUUCUAAAGAUCAAUCGGUUUCGAAAAAAGCUGCGCACACUUUUUCCAACGAACAACCGAGAGGCAUUUUACACCGUGCCUUCAGUCUGUUUUGCUUCAACGAAGAAGGAAAAUUGCUUUUGACCCAGAGGGCGGCCGACAAGAUCACAUUCCCCGGAGUUUGGACUAAUACGGCCUGUUCACAUCCUUUGAUGGGUAUGCCCUCUUCUGAAGUUGAUAUUUGGCCCAAGGCUUUUCCCGAGAUGCCCGGUAUCAAGCGAGCUGCCGCAAGGAAAGCGAAACACGAAUUGGGACUCGACAUUCAAGCGGAUAUACCAGAUGUGCAAUUCGUAUCUCGUUUUCAUUACUGGGCAUCUGACGUAGAGACGCAUGGAUCUGAAACACCAUGGGGAGAACAUGAAGUGGACUAUAUCCUCUUUUUGAAAUCUCCCGUAAAGGAAUAUACAUUGAACAUCAAUCCCGAAGAAGUUGCAGAUGUCAAGUACGUUACAAUUUCGGAGCUCAAAGACAUGAUUUACAACCAACCUGACCUUACAUGGUCUCCUUGGUUCAUUGGUAUCAUGGAACGAGGUGGCUUUGACUGGUGGGAAGAUCUUGAAAAUACGUUGCAAGGGAAAAACACAAACGAAGAUAUCACAUUCUUUGAUCCUCUUCCCAACCAUUUUGCGACGUACAACACUCCUGAACAUACACGCGAAUCGACUGGAGUUUGGAAAAAUGAAUGAUAGACUUUUCAAAUUCCGAGGGAGCCCGCCAAUGGAGUGGAGAUGAAAGGCGUCCUGAAUUUCUGUGGGUUCGAUCGCUCACUUGAAUCAUUUCGAAUCUUGCAGGAUUGCAACGAAAAGCAGGAUGAGUCAACGACUUCUUUGAAAGGAAUGGACAAUUUCUACUGGAAUCUAUAGCUCCGUCGGCGCGGAAAUGUUAGAGUAGUAAUUAUUUUUGCUGAUAUAAGAACGGCAUCAUUUAUUAUAAAAUAAAACUGAAUCGACUAGAGCUUUUUCUCAGGUUUGGCACGAUGUGUCGAAUUGUGCCCUAUCGACCCAUCUGCGUUUGCAGCCUACCGUCCUAGUUCCUUACCAAACUACAAGAAGCUUAUCAGGUGGUUCAACGAUUCUCAAAACGACGAAAACUUCGGAGAGACGCUUCAAAACUUCGAAGAGGCUCUUCGUUUCUUCGGGAGAAGAAAACGUUCAUCUGUUCUUGAUGAUUUUUCAACCGUCGUUUCCUGAUCAUUUACUUGUAUCCUGUGGUGACGUGAACGAAGAUCCAAUGCGAACAUUAUUUUCAUUGCCUUAAGUGAGAAAGUGGUGAAGUGGAACGUUUGUUCUCCCCUUUGUUGAUAAAACUGAUGCGGAAGAUACCUACCGUGUGGAACACGACGAUUUUAUUUUGAACUCCUUAAGUAUUCUUUUAUUUUUCUGUAAAUUACAAUUAGCAAAUUCGUAGUCGAGGCAGAUUGCAUUACUUAACGAGUUCUUUCUUUCGUGGUGAGCGAUAUUUUUUGGGAUCAUUCCUGUCCACGAUAUCUCAGAGAUAAAAGAAUGAAGAGAAUGAAUUCUGAAGAAUCAAUUCGUUUGCGUUAUUCAGAUUGCCAAUUUCUGAUCACUUAAGCAAACCGCACUGAACACAUCUGCAAACUCGGUCAGAAGGAUUGAAACUUGAACAGUUACUGCUUACGUGUUUCCAUUUUGAUAUCUUUUAUUCGCAAUUUUUGAGAUCGCUCCGAACAUCAUCGAACACUUCCUCCUAUCAUCUUCCUAGGAGUUUCGAGAGGUUGUUGUCGGGCAUUACGCAUAGCGCCGUUCUUGGUCUUCUGUCGUACACCCUACAAAACUAUGGUAUGUCUCGGAAAUUCCGAGAACCUGACCAUUUCAAAUUCAGUCAAGCUAGGAGGGUCGCUCCCUAAAAUCGGGAGACCCUAAUUCUUACCACUCCUCAGCUCUCAUUGCGUCCAGUGUAUGAUGCAAAGCCGUGAUGCAGCAGUAAUAUUAGUACUACUAGUAUUUCUUGUAUUUCUUGAAGAGCACCAUCGUGGUGCCUGAUUCACCAAUCCAAGAGUGGGUGCUUCAUCUGAUGGAAAAGAUAGUGUAGUACUAGUAUUUGCAAUACUAUUACUACUAGUGCCGCCCCUCAGAGCAGCUAGAAGCAUAUUUUCCACCAAAAGCUAUGGUUCUGGCCAUAUAGCGCCUCUUCUAGUUCACAAGGUUAAAAAUAAUAUUAAGAUUUUUAG